CAUUGUCAGUAAGCCCGCGGGGAAGAAGCCGGUACCCAGCCUUCUUGGAUAGAACGUCAUUCGGCUCCCUCUCCUCGUCGGUACCUGUGUCGUGGACUUUUAAACCUAAUAAGAUGUCUCCAAAGAUCAAGGCUGGCUCUGUUGUGGAGAUGCAGGGAGAUGAAAUGACUCGGGUCAUCUGGGAGCUCAUUAAGGAGAAACUCAUCUUCCCCUACCUGGAGCUCGACCUGCAUAGCUACGACCUCGGUAUGGAGAAUCGAGAUGCGACUGAUGACCAGGUGACGAUCGAUGCAGCGGAGGCGGUCCGCCGUUACAACGUGGGCAUCAAGUGCGCCACCAUUACACCAGAUGAGAAGCGCGUGGAGGAGUUCAAGCUGAAGCAGAUGUGGCGCUCACCCAACGGGACCAUCCGUAACAUCCUUGGGGGCACGGUGUUCAGGGAAGCCAUCAUAUGUAAGAACAUCCCCCGCCUGGUGUCCGGCUGGACCAAGCCCAUCAUCAUCGGCAGGCAUGCCCACGGAGACCAGUACAAAGCCACGGACUUUGUGGUGCCUGGGCCUGGGAAAGUGGAGAUGAUCUACACACCCACAAAUGGAGAGCCUGUCAAAUAUGUUGUCCAUAAGUUUGAGGGCACAGGUGGUGUGGCCUUGGGAAUGUACAACACAGAUAAGUCCAUCAGGGACUUUGCUCACAGCUCCUUCCAGGUUGCUCUGUCCAAAGGCUGGCCUCUCUACCUCAGCACCAAGAACACCAUCCUGAAGAAGUACGACGGCCGCUUCAAAGACAUCUUCCAGGAGAUCUACGAGAAGGAAUAUCGGGCUCAGUUUGAGGCCAAGGGCAUCUGGUAUGAACACCGUCUCAUAGAUGACAUGGUGGCCCAAGCCAUGAAAUCUGAGGGAGGCUUCAUUUGGGCCUGCAAAAACUAUGAUGGAGAUGUACAGUCUGACUCUGUGGCACAAGGCUAUGGAUCCCUGGGUAUGAUGACCAGUGUGCUUGUCUGUCCUGAUGGGCGCACAGUAGAGUCAGAGGCUGCCCAUGGCACAGUGACUCGCCAUUACAGACAACACCAGCAGGGGAAAGAAACCUCCACCAACCCCAUUGCCUCCAUCUUUGCAUGGACACGGGGCCUGCUUCACCGGGCAAAGCUUGACGACAGUACAGAGCUCCGAGUAUUCUCCGAGGCCCUGGAGGCCGUUUGCAUCGAGACCAUCGAGGCUGGUUUCAUGACCAAAGAUUUGGCUAUUUGCAUCAAAGGCCUUCCAAAUGUAACACGUGCCGACUACUUGAACACCUUUGAGUUCCUGGACAAGUUGGCUGAGAACCUGAAGAUCAAGUUGGCGAGCCAGCCCAAGCUGUGAUUUCAUCUCCCAACACUUCAGCAGUUUAACACAGACACACAUGCAUUCAAACACAUGCUCAUGCACACAGAGACACCUACACAGUUACUGGAAUUGUGGAACCCCCCCCCCAUGCUACACAGGAAAGGGAAGAGUGCGCUCAGAACUCCAGGAUUGAAUCAGUCGGUCAUUAGCCAGAGGGGGGGCAGUCAAGAAUGGUGCCUUGUCCACAACAAUGCACAACGAAGGCUUCUGAUCACAACCCUGCAUUGCUGCAAGACAAAACCGAACUUGUGACAGUGAAAACACAUGACACGCACACAAACAGUCUCCAGGACUGACACUGGGCCAUGACCUGAUGGCUCAGUUCUUGUGUUUACCCUGACUACACUCAGUCCCCUGAAGUGAGCUGUCAGUAUCUGUUGGUGAUCUGUGCCACACGGGGACAGUAUUGGUCUGAGCCUCUGGACCUUCACUGCCUUAUUCAUUUUGUGUCAAAGUCAUCUGUUAAUUCUGAUCAUCUCUUUCACCUUGUAAUCUUUUAACAAUACCUCAGGCAACAGUAUGAUAUAGUGCCAGAAGAGCAGAGCACUCUCAGCCUGUAUGUCACUAAUCAAAUCUCUGCACUGCAGCAGUGACCAUGCAUUCCAUGAAAUUUUACACUAAAUGUACUAUUAUGCACAGAAUAUAUGGUUUGUAAACAAAUGGUAUUAAAAUACAGUACAUACUUUUA